AUGCCAAUAAUAAUUAAUGUGAGUGGCAGUAAAAGUAGCAGAGUGUUGGCAAUCGCUAGUAAUCAGUUAAAAGUAGAAGAGGUUAAUGAGACACCAACUAUUCAUCGAAAACAAUCCCACCGGAUAAUACGCGUAUCAAAAUUAGAAGAUGUAAAUGAGGCAGAAAACAAAAACGAUGAUGUUCUUCCAAAGCAACCAUCGCAUCACAUAACACGUGUAUCAAAGCGCUUAUCAACCAAAUCCGAUGCAUCAUUAGCACCAUCAGCACAAUUAAAUGAUAUAGUUUUACAAGAUCCAGAUGAUUCACACAGUGGUACUGGAACUCCAGUUAUCUGGAAACGAAAUCUUGUAAGAAAAAGCAAAAUACAGCAACAGACCAAAGAAAAAGAUCGUCGAUGCGGAGGUUUACCAUUUCCACCUUGUUGCUGUUGUGCUGUUGCUGGUUUAUUAGCAGGAGCGCUGAUAGCGGCCGUCGUUGCAACACUGCUUACAUUGGCAAACCCGGCUGAGACAACGACGACGACAGCUAUCACAAUGAAUAGUACGUCAAUCACUUUGACGACAUCGACUUCAACAACUUCAACAACUGCAACAUUUACAACGAGUACAACAGCAUCAACCACAUCUACAACGUCCACUACUGCGACUACAGCAACAAGUACUACAACCACUAGUACAACCAGUACGACAACAACAGCCCAACCUUGUAGUUCUGUAUGUAUCAAUACAACCACCUCCACAGCUGGAUCACUAAUGGCCCUAUAUCUAUUUGAUUCAAAUGCAAAUGACUAUACAAACACUUACAACGGCACAGAAGAAAGUUCUCCUACAUAUGUUACGGGUUACGUUGACAGUGCUAUCAAUCUCGUUUCCUCAUCUCAGCAAUCUGUGACAUUGCCAUUAUCAUUAGCCUUAAAUAACCGAAGUAUGACCGUUGGAUGUUGGCUCAAAUUACAAUCACCACUUUAUAUUACAUCUACAGCUACCGAAGUUAGCAUUAUUAGUCAAUGUCCAUCAAUGUCUUAUGAGCAAUGUCUAUUCUAUACGAUACGUUCGAAUGUAUUAUAUCAAGCAUUUUAUCUUGAUGAUAAAGCAGGAACAACAUCAAUGUCAGGACUUCUCGGACAAUGGAUCCAUGUGGCUUUUACUUUUGACUUAACAACGCUUUUAAGACAGAUAUAUAUAAAUGGAAUAGCUGAACCAACAGGUUUCACAUAUGGUUUAAAUGGAAUGUUACAAGGUGGGUCGUUUCUUGGAACAGGUGCACCUGCAACUAUUGGAAGAAAUAUGCUACUAAGUGCACCAACAAAUUAUUUGAAUGCAUAUGUUGAUCAUUUUUCGAUAAGUAAUCGUGCUAAGAGCGCAUGUGAGGUUUUGAAUGACGCAACAUUAGUUGCAUAUUUUUCGUUUGAUUCUGGAUCGCUUGUGGAUAGCGGUCCAAAUAUGCUAGUGGGAACUGCUGUCGGACAGACAAUGAUCAGUGGAGAGAGAAAUCAAGCCUUAUCAUUUACGGGUGGAACUAACUCAUAUUUUCAAGUUAGCGGACUUACCGCAAUUGGAACUGUGAGUUCGUCGUUUUCAAUUGGACUAUGGAUUAAUGCAAAUGUUUUAUAUGGUACUAUUGUGCAUGUAUCGCGUUAUGCAUCAGGGGCAGGUGGUUGGUGUCUGCCAUUCCUUGGCUUCACUUCAUCACAACAAUUGGCUGCACAAAUAUGGGAUGGUUUAUUAGUUCAAAGUGCACUUGGUCCGAUUCUUAAGAAAAAAAUAUCAUUUCGUUUAAAAGAUGGUACAAUUAUUGUCAAAGCUGGUAUUAAAAGUGGUUUUAAAUAUUUAAAAGAAUUAUUAUUAUCAAAACCGAAGAAGAAAAAAGAAAAAAAACAAAAAUACAGCAAACAGUCAAUUCAACAUCAUCAACAAUAA